AUGCCGGCCACAGCGAAGCCAAUUCAGGUGGUGGAGUGGAGACGGGGGCGUUACGUGGAGGAGGAGGAAGAAGGGCGCUACCAGCUGUACCCCGGGCACAUCCCCACGAGCCCGCUGCAGAAAGCGCUGCUGGCUGGCGGCUCGGCGUUUAUGGCUCUCUAUGACCCCUACAGACACGACAUGGUGGCAGUCCUUGGGGAGACCACGGGCUGCCUUGCCCUGCCCAACCUGCGAGACAAGAUGAAACACCACCCUGAAGGUUACCGCAUCCUCCAGGAACGGCCUCGCAUCCGUCUCUCCACCCUGGACAUGGCCAGGCUGCGUGGGCUGCCGGAUGGCUCGCUGGGCCGAGAGUACGUCCGGUUCUUGGAGAACAAUAAGGUUUCUCCAGACACCCGGAUGCCACCCAAGUUUGUUGAUGAUGAAGAGCUGGCAUACGUGAUCCAGCGGUACCGAGAAGUCCACGACCUGAUGCACACCCUCCUGGGCAUGCCAACCAACAUGCUAGGCGAGGUCGUGGUGAAGUGGUUCGAAGCCAUCCAGACGGGGCUGCCCAUGUGUGUCCUGGGAGCUGCGUUCGGCCCCGUCCGUCUCAGCGCACAAAAGCUGCAGGUCCUGGCCACCAAGCUGGUUCCCUGGGCGAUUCGGAGCGGGCGCAAUGCCAGCUGUAUCCUGAAUGUCUACUACGAGCAGCGCUGGGAGCAGCCAGUGGAGUCCCUGCGGGAGGAGAUCGGCAUCUUCCCUCCCCCGGCCAUUCGAGUGUGAGAGCUCAAGUACGGGGAGGGGACAGGGGAUCCCCUUCAGCAGACAGCAGUGGUCCCCUGCUGCGCUCCAUCUCCUCCUGCCUGGGAGCACAGCGUGGCUCUGCUACCAGCCGCCACGGACUCCGGGGCUGAGUUUUCUCCUGCCAAGAGCUGGCACCCUCCCGUUGGUAGGGACCAAGUGGUCCCUCCCUGUGCCAUGACAAAACUUGACACUUCUUACUGUUUGUGAUUCAGUGGAGGGGUGGCAAGUCCCACCAUGCCUUUGCCAGCUGGGUCUGGCUGCUGGCUCCAGUACUGAUGCUCCAAAAUGCUGGGGUGGGGAGGGAGCAGAGCUGGUUUACAACACACCGGAGCAAACUUGGCCUUCUGCAGCUCUAGGGCUGUAUAGGUAAAUCCCUCCUCCCACCCUCCCAGGGAAGAUCAAGGCUUAAAGUCUUGGGGCCGCCCUGGACUGGAGCUAAACCAGUGAUUUACAGAGCAGCCCAGGGGCAGGCUUGGUGUGUGCAACAGUGAAAUCCCAUCUUGUACUGGUGCCUGACUGGUUUCCUGAUGGAUCAUAUGAGAUGUGCCUCAUGCCUUGGAGACCAGGCAGUGUGUGAUUGCAUACCGACGGGAGCAGGCAGGGAACUACCUUUGGAUAUUAUCCCUGCUGGAUUGGCUGUUUGAGAGCCGAUCCCAGUCUGCAGCGUCUCCCUGUAGUCCCUCCCCGUCAAAAAUGCUGAAAUCCACGUGAUUGCACUGGGUUUUCAAUAGGAAUUGUCCCCUCCUUGGGCAACAAAAUGACGCGAUCGGGAAUAAGGGGCUGAAUCCUGGGAGUACAGAAACAGCGGCUGCUUGCGCUGCGUCUGGGAGCUGAUUGCUGUCUGGGUUAAUUAAACAGGGCUCCAGACUGCCAGUGGCUGGAGUGCAGAGUUGUCGGAUGCGAGGGCAGAGAGCCACGAGGCCGGGGUCUCUUUGUACAUGUGGGUUUGCUGUUGAAAUUCCUUCUUGCUUAAUAAAAUCCACGG